AGCCUUCUAGCUUAGAAAUAUAAAGGAAAUGUGCAUUUAGACUUAUUGAAUUUAUCUUCCUGACCUAAGUUUCCAGAGCGAUCAGUUUGAUGUACAUAUUUCUUUUCAUUUAUUUUCAAUUUAAGUGAUAUACUUUUGUAACUUUUGUUGGUAUUAUUACAUCUUGUCAGUAUUCUAGUAUGAUAUUGAAAAAAGCGUUUUCUAAUUUCUUGUGGCUCUUCUGUUGAUCAAUAACUAAAGGCAUUGAGUCAUGGGUAAUAGGCCUUCUCUAAAGGGAGAUCAUUUGGUUUUGGCAUGACCGCUUCAGUAUAAAGUGAUAUUGGCAUCCGUUGUUGCAACUUGCUAUUGGCAGAAGCGGUUUUUUAAUCAGAACGAGAUAAGUUCAUAAAUCAGCUGAUUUGGGUAUACUCUCUCCUUUCACCAUGACUCAAUACCUUUAAGGGAAAAGUUUCAAUUAAUGAACAGUUGCUUGAAUGAUUUGCUUGAUAUACAGAAGUAUCACUUUCUUGAAAAAGUUAUUGUCAAUAACUUAAAAUAUGAAAAACUAUCCUUGGUCUUUUCUAGUUUUGUAAGGAACGGUUACCUUUUGUAUAGUAAACAUGGGAAGGGUGGUGAAUUCCUUCCAGCUUGAAUAAUUUGUCACUGCAAGCACCUCACCCACUCAUAUUGCCAAAAGUGGCAGGGAGCAUUUAAAGAAAUUAUUUUUUCAGUCAAAGAGUCAAUGAUUGCUAGAGAUAUCUAGACUAUCUAGUCUUGUCUUCAACAUUUGAAUGUAUUUAGGAGAAUUGAAUUAUAGAGGUCAGACCGAUACACGCAUUUGUUAUAAGAACACUUGGCUACGGUUACAGCCUGGCAUUUCUUAGUUUCUCUCAUAAUUUCAGCCUCAAGUGUUUUGUUGCUUUUUCAAUUUUUGCAGACAUUUUAUUCCAUGAAUUUUGUUGAAUCUCAGGCCGCCUUGUUUCUUUUGUUGUUCUUAUUUUCUGGGCAAAUCGCAGCCUCGUGUUCUUCAUAAGGCUUGUUCUUAUAAAAAAGCGUGUAUGGUGAUAGAGCCAGAUCCUGUCCUAUCUUUUUUGAAGCAGUCCAGUGGCGGAAAUUCAGGCUUUCAUUUGGAGGGGGAGGGGGGGGGGCAGGCCUAUAAUUUUCCGGCAAGAUUACAUCUUUGAUCAUGUCUCAUUUUAAAGAAACUGCACAUUUGAUAAAAAUAAGUGAUUUUUGACGGGACCCUUUAGGAAUUUUUCCUGACCACAACAUAAUUAAGUAGCAAAAAGAACAAACCAUUAAUGAUUAUGAUUUUUGAUAUCGAGAUCGAUAUCUCAUCUAAGACAAUUGAUGAUACAAGAGGUCGACCGAUCACACUCUUGACAAGUCGUGCAUUCAUGUUAUGCAUUUUAUCUUGUUUUCAUCAGUGGGAAAUACGUUUGAAAAUAACUUUUAUUCGAAAGAAUCCGAUGGAAAUUUCGGCUAAUCUUUACAAAAUUGAAAUUAAAUAUACAAUUCACAAGCAGUUUUGAUUUUGGUCAUAUUUUGAUCAUAUUAGCAGGUUUGAUUUUGUUUGAUUAUUUAGUAUUUGGAAGGUUAUAGAGGCCCCUAGGGUAAAAAGGGAAAAUGCAGAUCACCUGCGAGCGAAGCGAGCAGAAAAUAUGGCAAUUACGCCCCUUAGAUUAGCUUAAGAUUCCUUUUCAGAACGACUUCUUGGAGUAAUUUCGACCCGUUAUAAGGUUGUCAAUUAUCCGACAAAAGCCCGAAUUUUCCGACGACAUCGCUGAUUAGGGGGGGCCUGAGCCCCCCCCCAAACCCCCAUAAUUUCCGCCACUGGAGCAGUCAAUGGUUCACCAAAACUCACUAAAAUUAUGAAUUGCCGCAAUAAAACCUUUAUAUAAGAACACCCAAGCUUGAUUUGCCAAAGCACUACCUUAAGAACAUCGGGCUUCUGGUGGAAAACAAGUAGAAAAAAUGAAGUGUUUUACAAAAUUUGCUCAUGUUAAUGAAACAACAAAUUUCAUAAGCUGCUCAACCGUUCUACUAAAAAUGCUAUGCAAUAAAGGGUAUAGAUUGUAGAUGUAGAAAAAUCAAUGUUGACACAAGAAGAACAACGAGAACAUGCAAGCUUCCAAAAAUAAGAACGGAAUGAUUUUAUAAAAAAGUGUAUGCGCGGUCUUAUUUUCCGUAUGAUAUUCUAAUGGGUAUAACGUGUUUGAUGGGCCUACACUCAUUUUUGAUAAGAACUAGUAAAUUUAAGUUCAGGCUGACUGUUUCUAAUUUUUUCGAAAAUCUGAGGCUAGAUUUGUUCUUACUUUGUUCUAAAAUUAAUAGGGUGUAAGCAGUGCUAUUGCUAGCUUUUUCGCUCUAAGGAGAUGUUCAGGCCACAUUUGCCAACAAAGUGAGUGAGACAGCCUUAAUUUGCUGACAAAUUUGAAUAUUCGCCGAAAAAGCACCCACACAUCGCUAAAAAUCCUCGAUUUUGAGAAAAAACGUUGUUCAAAAUUGCAUUUUGCAGAAGCUCAGCCUCAGCUUGUUCUUAAUUUGUUCUUAACUUUUGACCAGUUUUGAGGCUCGUGUUCUUAUAAAAUUGUUCUUAUAAGAAAAAGAGUGUAUAUGUUCAUACGUUGUAAUUGGCAUGCUUUUCAGGUCACCCGGUUGCCCGCUUGAAAGUGUAUGCGUUUACAAGCGGAAUUUGAUGAUUUUGCCUUUCUACAUGGCACAAAAAGGUUUUUUAAACACCUAUUAAUAAAAAGAAAAUGUUUCAACAGUAAAAUCUUGAUAUUCUAGCAGGUAUUUAAUGUAAAUUGAAAAAGUAAGAACAUUAAUCGAGGAAACAUGUAAAUGUUGUCAGGAAGAAAACGGUAAUUUUAUGAUCCACUUAUAAACGCACUGCGCCUAUAUCAUUGUACAAGUCAAGAUGAAACAAUAUUAAUUUAAUAGUAUUAAUUAAUCUUGGUCCUGUAUUUACUGAUCAGCGAAACUUUCAGGCCUUUCAGUGGAACUUUUCUUUUCUAUCUGCGCGGAGCAUUACCUUUCAUUCAUUGUAGCAAUACUGUUUGUCAAGCAAUUGUACUCUGAUAUAGGGACUGACUUGAAUGCUUUUUCCUUACCGAGAAAGCGAGGCAGAAAAGUUGCCCCUUUUGGUUUAAUUUUCAAUUGGAGUAAGGCUGUAUAGUUUAAACAUUACUUUAAUGAAGGCACCUAAAAAUUCAAUAGUACGUCAUUAUUGUAUAAAGUAAGAGUAAUUAUUUAGAGUUUGAUGAAGGCGGCCACUAUGGUUGACGGCAGAAAAAGUUUUGCAACUAUGACAUUCUAGAGAUGGCCGGAAAAUGGGUGUGGGAUAUUAACAACAUCGACUGAGAACCAAAGAUCACAUUUCACAGGUACAAUAAUGCACCAUAGUUCUAAUUGUGAAUUAAUUAUCACAAUCAUGCACCAUAGUUCUAUUUGGUUUGAUUAAUGACAUGAAGAUUGGACAACUUUUAAGCGCAAGAAAUCGAAUGAAUGAAGGCAGGACUUAAAGAACUCAACUUUAAGGAUAGCCUUUGUUGUCUUCCAAAGAGUGAUUUUUUUAGUAAAAAUGAUCCAUUUUUGGAAAACAAGCUAACUUUGAGGCAUCUCAGAAAAUUUGUCACCUGAUUCUCAUUUUUCAAAGGAGGCGCACAAUUGGCAUGUUUCAAUUCGGUGAGGGAGGGGCAACUGCCCCUAGUUUCCCACCCUUAAAUCCACCACUGAGGGUGUGGGGGUGUGACAGGAUGGGUCACCUACUUUGUCGGCAAAUGGGACUUGCAUACCCCCACUUAAGCAUAAUGUCCGGCGACGGGCCUGAUCAAUCAAUUCGGCUUCACUUGAACGACCUGUCAAUCUCUCUAUGCAGAGUUCUCACAUAAGAAGAGGAUGAAAGGUCUUCUGUGGAAGUGUUUGAUGAAGAAGGCAGGUGGUCUUACCCUUUGUAAUCAAACAGAUAUGCAGACAGUUCUGAGGACGGCUGUAAGCAGAAAAUGAAAAACUGCUUUACACAUUAUCUGGGUUUUUUGUUAAAGUAUAGAAUUGGGUGACAACUAAAAGUCGCGUAUUUAUCAUAAUAAGAAUAAUUCUGGCAUUAAACUCUUGAGCUCUUCAGAUGUUUGAUAACCAGUUUUGGCGACGUUUUAAUUUCCAAUUGAAUGGCAAUGAUAAGAAGAAACAAAACAUCCAAAGCAUGCGUUUUGCAAAAAACAGAAGAAAGAAAGAAAGAUCUGUUUCAGUUCACUGUUUUGAAUAAUAGCUAUCUCAAGCGUGUUAAUGGAAACUAAUUACAAUACCAAUGAAAAGAUCUGAUCAUUUGCUUCAAACCAAACUAUAGGAAUUGACUUUUUGCUAAAAUGGGUCUAGAAGCUCUAAUAAACGCACAGUUUGCUUUGUUAGCAUAAAAAGCUAUUUAUUGGCAAUGAACCAUUUCAGGGCCGGCAAAAUUAGGGGACAUAGCCCCCACUUUUCUCUAGAGCAUGAUUCAUUAUUUUAAUGCAGUCUACCCUUUACUCGAGCUUAAUCCUUGCUCGCAAGAUCUUCUAUUGGCUAAACGUGUGCCAGAAAGUCUGUUGUCAAUGGACUGUUGUUAUCAAUUGUUGAGUAAACCAGGAGAAAUUUUUGACAACACGAGAAACGAAGAAUUUGUAAGUAUCGUCAAAAAGCUUCCAAUUCUGAUUUGAUUGACGAUCCUUUACUGGCCACAGAAACGGAAGAAACGUUAAUUAAUUGUGAAAACUGUAGACGAAAUUUUAUGGUAUGGGAAAAUUUGAAUAAGGGCAAAGCAUACUAUCUUUCUUUUCUGCCAAAAGAACACUUUCGAAGUAUCAGCUUAAAGUGUAUAUCAAGCCAGUGAAGGAAAUAGUGUUUUUUGGACAAAAACAUACCCCUGAAUCGACUAGCAGUGUUGUUCUGAGGGUAUGCUCUGUCGUUUAGUCCUUUUUUGCCACCUGAAAAAGUUGACUUUUCAUAUUGUUGAGCAAAAGCCGCGCUAUUUGAAGGGGCAUGGGUCUAGUGCUCAGUGACGUAAAUUACGGAACACACUGAGGCAACGCCAUUUGUUUAUAUGUAAAAUAAUACGGUAACACGCACAUCAAAAUACCUGAUCGCUGUGUUGUGUAUGGUUGUGGUAAUAAAAAUGACAAAGGGACUGUUUGGCCCUGGUUCUCCUUGCAAAGUAGCUUUUCAGCCAUUCUUCGUCAGCCAAAGGCUCCCCAGUAUAUGGCUCAAGGCUGUCCUCCCAUUCCUCCUGAACGCAACCAGCGUUUCUAUAUGCAUCAUUACCUGGAGACAUCGCUCUAUCGUCGUGCUCAAUGUCAUAAUCAAGUUCAGUUCAGAACUAGAAGUCUCUUCUGAUAAAGACUCUGAACUCCCUGAAUCCGAUUUUGAACUCAUCUCGAACACCUCUCCGUACGACAAAACAAAACACUGUAAGAAAAGGCGUUCCGUAAUCUACGUCAGGGCUACUCUCUGUUCCAGACUCCAACGUGCGCGGCUUUUCCCCACGGGGCUCAAACUUUGAGCCCAAAUAAUUAGUUACCCUUAAUUGAAAUAAGCACAAAAAUGCUACGAGCGGAUUCAGCGUACCAAGAACUACAGAAAACAUUCAAAAUAUAAUUUGACAUGAUUUACACUUUAAGAAUUCUGGACGUAAUGACAAAUUCUGUUAAAAAUUGUUUUUGACCAGCCUAGUUUUAAAGGCUUCAAACUUUCAAUUUUAACGGUGACAUCAAUUCACUUGGUAGCCGGCUUUGCUUGAGCCUUCACUGAUUCAUUCGUUAUUUUUUCCUAGUACAAAUUUAGGCUAAUUUAGGCUAUAUUCCUUUCCUCGACAGCUGGUUUUUUCCUUGCCUCGUUUUGAAACUUGGGUUGGGCGGAAAAAGCAACGAGAAAUCGAACACACACAUUUGUAAAAUGUAAGGAGCUAUGUCUUCAGGUCAAGAGGGGGGACUCUUGAUGGACAACAUGGAAAAAGGCGGAGAGGAUCGAACAAAGCUUCAAGAAAUUCUUUCCUUUGUGAAUCCUGGAAAGUCAAACGCUUUCUGGAAAGAUGUGCAGGCAAUGCAAGAAGAAUCUGAGAAAAGUGGAAAGGUAAUGGAAUUCAAAGAAGCCAUUGAUCUAGUGAGGGCAAAAAAUAUUUGCAUUUAUUUUGAAAGGAAAUCUCAAGAUCCUGUUGUGAAAAUGAUGACUGACUGGUAUGCUGAAUAUGAAUUAUGGGAAGAGGAUCUCGACAGAAUACGUGGAUUUGAAAAACAGAUUUCAAAGCUGGCAGUAAUAAUAAUUGAUGAAGAUUAUUCCAAAACUAGAGCUGCCAAUAAACAGCUUGUCGAUGCACGCCAAAGAGCUUUCUUCAAAUACAGUACUGAAGAGUUUGCUGUUUCCAUUAAUUCAAGGAAUGUCAAUAUAACACUUCUUGAAUUGUGUGCAACAGAUUUCUACAAACCAAAUGAUAACAAAAAGAAACAGAGCAAAAACCAUGGACCAGCCUUUCCAAGCUUCAGAAGAGAUUUUUUUGUCAUAGCAAAAUGUAUUGUCGACAAUGACAGAAAAGUAUUAAAUGAAUCAAAAGCUUUAGAAUUGGCUUUGGAGAGCAGAUAUGAUAAAUUGGCAUCACUGAUGAUCAGAAUGUCAAAGAAAGUCAUAGUAAGGUCAAUUUUUGAGCAUCAAGGUCCUGUUCGUGCUAAGAUUAAGUUUGCAGAUAUCAUUAAGGACCCAAGCAUGAAGCGAACUGUUGUCGAGGUCCUUAACAGCACCGUCAACAGGCAUUGGCCGCUAAACCCAGGUGCAGAAGACGACGACAGCGAGGUGGAAAAUCUCCACGUCAUCAGUGACGACCCAGUGCGGUACCACUUCCAUUUUCAAAUACUUGACGGUGACCAGCAAGGCAGACCUCCAAAACGAAAGGUCAAGAAAGCUGAUGCAAGUCCUAGUAAUGCCGUCAUGGAGAAGGAUAUGUACAAAGAAAAUGUCGACUUUGAUCAUGCAUCAAUGUCAUGCUUACAAAUCCUUUGCAAUAGUCAUCACAAGAAAGCUGUUAACCAUCCAACUGUCAAAAUGCUGUCAAGAAUUAAAUGGGACCUGUAUGCAAAAUAUUAUAUCUGGUUCCACUUCGGAUGCUUUUUUGCAUACCUGGUCAUCUUGGCUACGUCACUGAUGCUUGCUGCAACGUCCAAACAUCCAACGCAGUAUCAUAAUGGCACCGACAAAUUCAGAGCGUUUUGUGAAUGUUUGACUAUCAUUUGCACAUUGGUCUAUUUCGUGGUUGAAGUCGACCAAUUAAAAAAGGAAGGCUUUAAGCUAUAUAUUUGCAGUUUCUUCAACUGGGUUGACUUUCUCGGAAUACUUGGUGUUUUGCUGAUCAUUCCAUUGCGAUAUGCACGUGUUGAUGGCCAAUGGAUAAUCGCGUCCCUUGCAUACAUCUUAAACUUCCUCAGAAUUUAUAAAUAUUUUCCUGCAUGGGAACUUGUCGGGGUGUAUUCAAAGACAUUGGCCAUAUUGUUCAAAAAGCAUCUGACAAUAUUUUUGGCCGUUUAUUUGAUGGUAUUCUUGACGUUCGCUGGAGCUACUAUACUCUCUCUCCGCUCAGUCGUUACCUAUGAUGAUAGCGCUGGAUUCAAAAACACUGACGUUAGCGGUCUUGGCGAUGUUUUUUUCCGUGGAGUGAAAUCACUCGUCCAGGCAGAAGCCUUUGCGAGUACUUAUACAACAUAUGGCUCCGGCUACUCCAAAGCAUACUGUCAGGGUCGUCGCUAGCUUUUGUGUCCAAGAAGGGUGUCCGGAUCUCAUUUGCCGACAAAGUUGGUGGCCCACACUUUAUUCGCCGACAACUUCGCCGAAAGCCGAACAAGCACCUUUAGAUGACAAAAUUACCAUUUUUAAAAUGGAAAUUUAUCUAGAGGGAGGGGGGGUUGUCACAACCCCCACGCUCCCCAUAGUUACAGAUCCGCCUGCUGUAAAACAAUCUAUCAUAAUAAAACUAAAGUAGUAAAACUUCUUACACAAGUGCAGUUUCAACUGAAACGUUUAAUGUUCAUUGUCGUCAGGACAGUUCGCGCUAAUGCGUUAUGCGCGAAGCAUUGAGGUACAGUUCAAAGCCCUGUCCACACUACACAAACCAACCCAGGUUCGCCUCGGGUUAAAUCUAACCAAGGGCGAACCCUGUUUUGUCCACACUUGAUUUUCAAUAUGUUAAUGUGUGGAUACAAAGUCGGGGUGAACCCAGGCUAAUGCUACGCAUGCGUAGUUAAAUUUGAACAACAACAAAACAACGACAACAAAACAAAUCUUCCACAAGCGCGAUCAAGAUGGAAGUUGCCGAAGUUGCAGUUUAUUGUAUUCUGUCUAAAAUGUUUUUCCUGGCAAUGCAGUUUAUUCAAAAAAAAUAUCAAAUGGCACUGCAGUCAAGAUUAAACAGAAUAUUGGCUGCAUUUCGCAAAUGGAUUCGACAGUAUAAGAGAUUCAAAUCACAGAGAAUAAAAGAAAUUUGAAACAUGUCUUAAACAAAGUAUCACUUUAGGGUGCAUUCAACCAGUAGACGUGAGAAGAAAAUACUGAUGCAAAACUUCAAGUAAAAACUGGUGGGACUCGAUUGUAUUGCAUCGUUUUGAGGCAUAUGAUUGGCAUGCGUUACAAAAACUAACCCAGGUUCGCCCCAGGCUUGUAUCCACACAAGAAGAUCAUAACACUAACCUGGGUUCGACGCAGGUCGAGCCCACCUCUGGAAAUGGGUUAAACUAACCCAGGACGAACCCAGGCUAGUUGUGUCCACAUUGCAAAAUCUAACCUGGGUUAGCAAAACCUAGGGCGAACCCGGGUUAGUUUGUGUAGUGUGUACAGGGCUCAAGAGAUCUGGUUCUUCCCGUCUAGGUCUACAAGCAACACAUGUCCUAUCUGUUCUCUUCAACGAAAACCAGUAAACAGUAAUACUCAUUGUCAACAGAAAGAUUUAUCUGUUGAAUCAGGGUCUCGUCAGUGUAUUCCAUCAACAACGACAUUGUAUUCCUUUAUGUUUAGAAAGCAUCUGUCAAUGACUCUCGUUUUUUUCUUAAGCUCAUGUCUGUACAAAUGUUUGCCUAUAUCAACAGGUUGCAAAUAUUGGUGUAGCUAGUUACAUUUUCAUUAAAAUCGAAAGCCCUCGGAUGAUAAAACUUUCAGGCAAAAAAUUAUCAGACAAAAUUUUCGUCAGACAAAAUUUUUAUCAAAAGAUUGCUCGAAAGCUGGUAAUGGCACAAUAUCAGACCACAUGACGUAAAAAAUGCGAGUCUUCGCCGUAAUGAGCAGCCUUCGAAGUAGAAAACCAUUUAGGCCUACGACGACGGACUCGCUGCAAAAUCUCGCUGCAAAUUGCUUUUACUAUCUUUGUUUUUGUUUGAAAAAUGAUGGAUGGAAACAUUUGGCGGUGUUUCAUUUGCUACCACAGCUAAUCUCGUUCGGACUUCCCACCAAACCUCUCUUUCCUUUAUUUUUUUGCAAGUUGAUUUCUAACUUGGUGAAGAUGUUCAAUACAUGUUUCAGAACAAGAAUUGAUACAUUAGAAUAAAAUAAAUCAGUUGUCAGGCUACGUUGCCAAAUCAUCAAGAGUAUGCUGGACAGUUGAUGCACAUGCUCAACUCGAUUAACCUACCAAAUACCCAAUUGAAAUUUUGAACAUUGAAUGGACGUGCAAAACCUCCUUUUUUAACUAUGAGCCGAUACACUAGUCCUAUCUUAAAGCAUCAAAUCCUCAAUUGACCAAAAGGUGUUCAGAGGUGGGCGAAGCUUUCACAUUGCAGGAAAAAAAAUCAAAAUUUCGGGGGUUUUCAUUUCAUAUAAUUCAUGUAAAGAAAGAGAAUAUUCAUAUAAAGGUCCUUGAAAAAUGGACAGUAUACUUGUAAUAAGGAUUCACAAGCCAAGUUAGGCCCACGCUAUGCUGAAUCCUGAAAUACUUCUUAUUCCGUCAAGGAAUAAAAUGGCUAUGAAACCACACACCCAGCCCUAGUAUACCAAACCUUCGUAAAACCAAAGUUUUUUAAGUUUUUUUAUACCGAGGCAGUUUGAAAUGUCAUGAAGUACUUUCUUAUGUCUUUCUUAUGACGCACAAAAAAGAAUAAACAUUUCACAUUUCUUAGGAGAAAACUCCAACUUUGAAAAGUAAUAGACUGAGGACGACAUCUUGCACUAAUUAAGUUUGGUUUUUGCACUCAUAAUGAUGAUUUAGAUCUUCAAAUUUAGUAUAAUAAAAAGCAAUCAGAACUUUCACGUCAUAAGCACUUCAACAUGUCCUGUCGUCGUGGGCUAUCUUUGAGCUGGGAUUUAUUUAUAGUGCGCUUUCAUUUGUCCGAACGUUUCUUACAAGGUGUUCAACGACUGUUUCUCAUUUUAUUCUGCCACCUGCAUCCAUGAGGCACAAGGCCUAUCGUAUUAAUUUAUUUUUUGUUAUGCUUUUUUCUUUAGCAAAUCUCAAGCCAUCUUGUUUUUUCAUUCUCCCAUGCAGGAAAAGACUGCCUUUCUUGAUCUCGGUUACUUGCCUUUUAUCUUCAGAAACCUGGAAUUUUUUUUGUUAAUAAGUCAAAAACUUCAAAGUCCUGCCUCAAAUUGCAACCAAAUCAAUGCUUGGCUAUGCGUGGUACCUGAAAUUCUUUUUGGCUUUUUAUAAUCUUAUUAGUUCUUCACGUUCGUUGGUCGUGCUACGUUAAUUUUUUACAAAAACCAGAUAUUUUUUGCCAAGCCUUGAUGUUAUCAUUUUAAAAAGUUAUGCCGAAGCUUGAUAUUACAAUGGUCUUAAUAUUGCUCCUAUUGCAACAUUGAAUUUCCUCAGCUACAUACUAUUGAUUGUCUCCGAGACCAUUCCAUAACAGUUUUGUAAGACAUUUUUAGAAGCGCGGUCGAUUUUCUGAUAAAAUCUGCCCUGUUGGUUAACACGAUAGACAAUUUUCAAAAUACAUUGUUUUUUCGUCUAAUUUUUGGCUAUGCAUGUUCUUGCGUGGUUCUUAUUUUGUCAAGUCGACCCCCGGUGCUCUAAGUGUAUUUUUACGUGUUUAAUCAAUACGUGUUUAUCAUGACUGUCUCUUCUUUACCAAGAUGGUCAAAUAUAUACGUUUUUGUAUACGAAGAACGAGCACAUUGCUUCUUAGUAAUGCGAUUACAUAAAUCUCAUUACGAUGAUCUUUGGUUAAGUCCUCAGGCCUUUGCUAAAAGCACGGCUCGUACGAAGUUUCUGGAUAUUUAACUGUUAAAGGGUGACAAAUUCUUCAAUUAAGUUUAAAAAACGUGUUUUGAUGAGACGUGAAACACUGAGUAACAGUGCAGGAGACAAUACAGCACCGCCUCAGUAACAUCAUUAAUUUUAUUAUUUUAAUAUCUGAAAGGGAUUAAAUAUUGUUGAGAAAUUGCUUGAUUUGUCUAAAAUAAAUACUUGAAUUUUCUUUAACGAAAAUUGUCUCUUUCUUCUCGUUGUUAAUGAAAUUAGUUGUGAGAUGUUGCUCUUCUUGAAAACGAAAUAGGAUGUGUUUGGACCACAAUGUUUUAGUAAUACCCAUUUCCCUUGUGAAAUGAUGUCGCCUCACUCCCUACCUCAUACCAAAUUAAAAACAAUUCACAAAUUCACAAAACUGGUAAUAGUUUAUGAAACUGCUAUAGAUAGCAUCACCACACUUGGGCCUAGAAAGUUUCGAAGGCGUCAUUUGCAACUGCUAUUCACAUAAUCAUACAGUAUCUUAGCCAUUUCAGUUCUCACAGAGCACCCCCAAAAAAUCUCUCCAAGGCCCUAAAUAUUUGCAAAUUGUAUUUUUCAUAACAAGCAGUCGUUCGGUUGCAGACUUCAGUGCCUUAGGAAUGAUAAUAUUUUAUUUGGAGGGGAAGCAUCAUUUUUUCUAGAACAACAGGAAAAAGAAAUGGGGCUGUUCUUUGGAAACAAAGGAUCGAUGGUUACACAGGAGGCUUUGGGGUAACACUUGGGGUAACAAAAUUUUUGUGACCACAGCUUUCUAAUGCCCAGAAAAACGUUUUCAUCUUGUUACAAAAUUUUUAAUAAUAUUGCUUAAGUAGUUUAAACGAAAAGAAGUUAAACUUUCAUUUAUCAACUUGUUUGAUGUUCUAUUUCCAUCAAACGACUGGAUAAUUUUCAAACCAUUCAAUCUAGAAGAAGAUACACUACCCAGUUUUUAUAUGGAACUAAGAUUGACACGCGGUUUCUUAAUUUUUUCUUGAUUUUUUUGCUUAAAGUUUCUUGAAGUUUUAUAACAUAUAUGUAACAUUCUUUAUAGCUACUUUUUAGGAACACAAAUAAACUCCUUUUGCAAGGAGAUAUUUUUCUAUAAUCUAUGUCAAUUGAGCAGAAAAGGUACCUUAUUGUCAACAAUCAUUUCCAUGCCACCUUGAAAAAUGAUUUUCGAGCAGUUUCUUUAGGUUGAGGAUGAUUUUCGAGCAGUUUCUUUAGGUUGAGGAUGAUUUUCGAGCAGGUUAUUUAUUUAUUAUUUCUCGGUUUAUUACAAAACAAAGUGCUUUGAAAUCAGUUUCGAAUCUAUUUGAUUUUAUCUAAGGUUGUGAAACCAGAUUAUGACCCUGGCGAAAUUUUUUCUGUAAUUCAAUUAAUUUCUACAAUGUCUAUAAAAUUUCUUAAUUUUUAUGGAAAUGUGCUUAUAGGCCGGGUUACACGAUCAUUUUAGUAUUUUAUUAAACUGCAUUUAUUUUUUUGUAAUUGGCUGCUUUUCGAUUUACUCCAUAUCAUUAUUCAUAUUCGUUUUCUGCUAAUAAUUAUGUUUCUGAGCACAAUUCACGUCUUUUUUUCUUUUCGCGAAACUCUAGGCCGUUCCCUUCUCAUCAAAACAUUAUGUGACGUAAGAAUUUGUCGGCGCCUUUGAAAAAAAUGAUGAUCUCGAUUUUACUCUGCUUUCGUUCAGAGUAAAAUUUCCAAUGAUGGAGGAUUAACAGCAGAUAAGCGCAUUAAAUUCUGCAGCGAAAAUUGUCAAUUUAAGGGCCUGUUGAUAUGAGCAAAAUUAUCCCACCUUCCAGCAUAUGGGCUGGCAAGUGGGAUAAAAUCACCGCAUGUUUACAUGCAAAUUUCAUUCCACCUCCCAGCAUGUUGCUUCUUUUUCAUCCCAACUCCCAGCUGUCAUUCAGGCAUGGGAAUGAGAAUAUCCUUGGCAAGAAAAAAAUUUCUACCUCCAUAAAUUGAAGGCAAGAAAAAUAAAGAGAUUACAGCGGUUUGGGUCAAGCCUGGGCGUACCGAUUCGUGGUGGCAAAACAUGAUCAAUGAGCAGGCCCUGGAAGAGUUAUGGAAGAAAAAUUUCAGGGUUUCCAAGAAUUAAUUUCAUGAUCCUUGGUACGUGAGCUUAGACUUGUAUUCAUUCAAGCAAUUUAACAAAUGGCGGAUCUUCUCAUUGUUCCGACGAAAAGACUUCACACUCGUGGACUUAACUCCUUCGUUUGUCGCCUUUUUUCUUGAAAGAAGUGAAUUUGCGCUUGCGCACAAGUGCUAAUUUCAUCCCACCUUUCAGCCAGUUGAGCGUUUAUAUGUGAAAAAUUUGAUGCCAACAGGUGAGGUCCGGCAGGCUGAGAGUAGGAUCUCACUUGCCCCGGAUAAAUCGUUUCCCAUGUAAACAGAAGAUCGAAAUUACAAAGCUUUGUAUACGAAGGCUGGAUCUCACCUCCCAGCCCAAUGGCUAGAAGGUGGGAUAAUUUUUCCCAUAUAAACAGGCCCUUAGUAUGUUGCACGAUCACUUUUCAGCAUGUUGGUCCAAUAUCGAAAAAAGUGACGGUAAAAAGUGAUCGUCUAAAAAAAUGUUCACGUAUACGAUUUAAGUCUCAGCAAUCUCUACUAUGUCAGCAGGAUACCAAAACAGUGGUGGAAAUUGCGGGGAUGUGGGGGGGGGGGGCAACUGUCACCAGGUUUUGCUACACUGUCGGUUUUGUCGGUAAAUUAUUUCAUUUGUCAACAAAUUUAUUGCUUUUGUGGACAUUACCCCCACCCCCACCACCACCACUUCAAAAAUAAAUUUCCGCCACUAUACCAAAAAGUACUUUUAACAAUCCAAAAUAGUCUUUUCUAAAUUGAAAGUUGCUGUGAUUUUUUGUUGAGUAUCACUUUAGAAAGAAACAACGAAACAAAAUGUUUGGCUAUGCAGGUGUUCAAAUAAGCGCUUGUCAAAUCAUUUCAUUGUUGUUUUUUGAUAUUAUAUUAAGCGUUUCUUUAAAAAAGAGCUGCAAAAAUUAUUUUAUUUGCAUUUGCAAGCGUUUUCAAUCAAAGUUUAACCCAAUAAGCGUGCCUUCUACUCCAACCAAAAGAAUAUCCUCUGACAACGUUGACGAAAUGGAUAGGAACUCAAUAUUUUUUGUUUCCUUACGUUUAAGAAUUAUUCUAGAGAGCAAGAUACUUGUGAGCAAGAUCCGAAUUGUCGUCUUUAGCAAUAAAUAAGAGUAUAGUAAAUUGAAUUAAAAACUCGUUAUGUACUAUAGUUGAUGACAAGAACGCUAACUGAAGUUAGCGAAUCUUUUAAAAAAACUCUCUCUAAAAGCAUCUGCCUUGAACACAUUAUGAAAAAAUUGACAAUAACUGGGUGUACAGGAGUAAUUUUAGAAAUUACUUGCCUGUGAAUGUUUGUGGAUGUUGUUUUGAGAAAAUCAUAAAACUCCUUCUGCCCCGUUUUAAAAUCUCUUUCCAUCACUUAGGGGCAGAUCAUAUAAUCAGCCUCUUAAACAGUGCAGACACAAUAAGCUCCGUAGACAUAAAUUCUUCAUAUAUCUAUCCUUCAGCAUUCGAUACCAUAAACACCUGCAAUAUCUAAAAAGCGACUCCAUUUAUGCAACUGCUGCGCAGCCUAUGAGCACCUGCUCCAUUUACUGUUUGUACUGUACCCAGCUCAAAGAUAUAAAAGCACUAUCCGGCUUGAUAAGCAUUGUGUUGCAGUUUGUGAGUAGGCUGACCUCAAAGAAUCUUCGCUAUCAAGCAGAUAUUUUGACACUUUUUUGGGGCGCAUUGGAAGGCUGGUAAGAGGGCACAGCAAAUCUUCUUUUCGUUUCACGAAAAAAAGCAUGUAGCUUUUUCAAAGGAUUAUCGAGCGGCGAGUCGAAGUUCCAAGUACUAACACGUACAUCAGUAUCUUCUGUUUGGUACUGCUGAACAUCGUCUUCAAUUCUUCUGUACCAAAGGAACCCAAAACGGCGUGUCUUUAUGACAGCAGAUUUCCCCUUCGAGUGCUGUGCCAAUCGUUCUUACAGAAUUCGUAGAAGACUCUCUGAUCUUAAUUCGCCCCAAGUCGAAUGGUGAGAGAAAGGACGGUGACAGUUUUUUUCAAGACCUAGAAUAGCCCUUGCCGUGAGUUUCAAAUGGCGGUUGUACAUAUCAUUUUGCUCUUGCUGUUAUCUUGCGGUCUUGGUUUAAACGGGGUUCAGUUGUUCAUUACAGCGAAGCGGAAAAAAAAGAGUGUAUAUGAAAUGCUCAUUCUCAACUCGUCACUUGCAAAACUACUUUGGAACACUGCCUUAAUUGUUGCUACAGCAGUUUUUCUAGCAGGGCUAACUGCAAACGAUUCUAUAAUUCAAAUCUUCUUUUGGCUCAUGUUUUGCUGCAAUUUCAAUCACAUGCUAUGGAUUUCUUUGGACAGACUCCUUAUCGUCAAAGCUGCGCUAAGGUAAGCCCUUUGACAACAUAUUAUAUUUAAAAUGCCAUAGUGCCGUAGCAUGAUAGCCAUUGGCAACUCAACGGCAAAUCGUCGUUUUCUUUUACGCUGCACAGCAGCGAAACACAUGGUUUUGAUUGUUUCGGAUUUUUCCUUCUUUCUAGAUUCAAGCAAAAUAGUGUAAUUUUACGAUAGUUAACAACAGCUUUUUCUUUAAGUCCGAUCAUCUCAAUAGUCAUUCAGAUGCAUGAAAGAAAAAUAUUCCGUGACAACUACACCUCCUUAUUUAAGUAAUUCCCUGCAUACAAUUUUUCCCCACUUUUGUCUUCUUAUAUUGUAUCAUUGUAUUAAUCUCCUUUGAACAUUGUCUUAUUUCCUUGUAGUCUUGUUUGUUAUUAUUAAAUUUUAUGUAGUGGAAUUAUUAAUAUAUGAACUGAACUGAACUGAACAUGAAUUUAGGCAAUUUUAUAAAGUUGAUAAUAAUAAUCAUCAUCAUGAUUAUCAUCUUUUAUCGCCAUCAAUCAAUCAAUCAAUCAUUACAGUCAAGCAGUCAGUCUCAAGCAGUCAGUCAAGCAGUCAGUAGCAAUCAAUCAAUGUCAAUCAUAAUCAUCCCCAUCGAGAUCAUCAUAAUCGUCAUUUUAAUCAUUAAAUGGAUCAAUCAAUGGAUCAAUCAUUAAAUCAAUCAAUUUCGGUCAUAAUCAUUGCCAUCAAUAUACAAUGUCAGAUUCCUUAUAUGUUAUCACCAUAAAUUAAAGAAAACUGUCAAGAUCUUAAAAUCGCAAGCAAAAAUGUAGCUUUUGCUUUCCCAGCACUCAUUGUAUUGACACGCAUUCCUUUGCCCACAUUUAUUCUUACCUAUCUUUUCCUAUUCUUCUUGUGAAUUUAUAUCCUGCUUAAGGUGGUCCCACUCUUCAUAAAAAACUAUCCAUAAAAAAUAUUCGAAUCCCGAUUACACCAAUGCAAACCUGAGUCAAAGAUUCAAAUCCUGAGUAAUUGAAAUUGUUCCUUUUGCGCUGAGUUGCAGGAAACUAAUCUGAGCAAAAUGUUUUUUGGCUGCUUGAAAUGCCUGAAAAAAGAUGCAGAGAAACGCCAAAAAGCUUAAAAAAUUAUUUUUGCAAAGAAAAGGCCAGUUUCUUGACUCUUCUGUCUACAUGACUUGCCCGAUUCUGUUAUUUCAUACGUUGUCAUCGUGACAUUCUAUCUUCAGCGAUCCAAUGUAAUAUAAAUUCUUUCAAGCCCUUUCCAGGUUUAAACACUGCGCAGAAAUGUGCGCUGAAUAGCAAAAUAAAUUCAGUUUGGAUUCAAAAUAAUUUUUUUCGUGUCUGUAGCAGAGGCGGAUCCAGAGUGAGUUCCUUGGCGCACAGAACUCAGUCAGUUUUCCCACAUAUAGCUAAAAAUAGUGUUGCCUGAAAUAAGUAAUAGUUUAACUAAAAAAGUCAAACCUAGAAAUUAUAAGUUUUAUCGCAGUCUCUUCAAAAUCUUAAAAUUGUCAGUUUGAUGUGAUUCGCUCGCCCUUUUCCUUCCUUCUUCUCUGUCGUGAUUUUGAAACGAUUUGAAACGACUUUGUGGAGGACAACAGCAGUCCAUCCUAGAACUCGGAAACAAACGUUUUGUGCCUCGAAAGUGAAUGAAUUGAAACAAUGAAAUUUUUGUUUGGAACACGGAUGGAACUCAGUCAAAACAGCAUCUGGAAUUAGGAAAUGAUACCAUAUUUGUAUGCUUGGCUACCUAUUGUUUCUGAUCUGUUGUGGAACUGCAUAACUUUGAAUUCGAAAUGGAGACUACAGAUGUCUUAUUUUCACGGAGCUGUCUAGUUUCCAUACUGCUCGACCUGAUGAAAUAAUUAGUUUACCCUAAACCUAACCCUAAACCUGAACCUAACCCUAACCCUAACCCUUACCCUAACCCUAACCCUAACCCUAACCCUUUACUUGAAAUAAUUAAUCAUACUAAUUUAUGACUAUUAAUCAUGCUUAUUUAUGACUAUCAGGUCGAGCAGUAUGGAAACUAGACAAUUCCUAUUUUCACGACCCUCGCAGCAUUCUGGCAGAUUACUAAGCGGUUGAGAUAAAACCAGAAAGUAACGUUAAUUUUCCAGGAGCAUUAACUGCCUUUAUUUUAAAUUGCAGUCGUUGAUGGCAAGAGAAACCUAUGGCCAGACGGAACACCAUAUUUUGAAAAAUAGGCUGGUGUCUACGUAGGCAAAACAAAAAAUUGCGAGCAAAACAAAAGGAAAAACUUUGCUGUGGCAUCCAAAACAAACAAAAUGGUGUUGAGAAAGGGAGGGGGUUGCAGAACUUUUCACAAAGGCACUGUUUUCUGUCGGAAAGAAAUCUAUAAUCUAGAUUUAGUGAGUGAAUUGUACCUACCCCUCCUCCCUCCUGGUACCAAAAUGCAUAAAUAUGAAUAAUAAUGUUGUCUUAGGCACAAUUAUCAAUGCAUUAUCUGAAAGACCCUAGCCUUGGCCUGGAACUCAUUCAGAUUUUUUGCUGGAUCCGCCCCUGUGUAGUGUGUAAUUAUAGCAUUUUCUCUUGCUGGAAGCCAGUGAGAUUCCAUCCCCUCCUCUAUCACCCUCAACAUCCAAAAGGCUUUUGACAUCAGCAUAAACACUAACGUUUAUAUUUGCAUUAUCAUUUCUUGCAAUUUACUUGCGUUAGCAUAAGGACAGAAGCUUGAGAUCUUUCCUACAAGAAUCUACUUACAAAAUUUCUCUAUUAUUCGGAUAGCUUUGAACGCAAAAGUGAAAAGGCUUCCGAAGUAGCGGGUUAUCUAUAUUUUGUGAACCCCGUAAUGUGUCCCUGGUACGCUAUCUAAAAUUUCACUGUUCAAGAGCUGCUUUUUCUAAUGGGUGGGGUUUAAUUAAGCUUUAAUCAUUUUUCAAAAUCACAAGAUCAAAAUCAAGAAGAAAUCAGUUCGAUCUAAGCUUUAUUAAAUGUUAUUUGCUAUUUUCUACUCAAUGUCAAUAUAUAUUCAUAUCGUCAUCCCCCUCAUAAACAAGGAAUAGGUUCAUAGUUGAGGGAUCAGGGGGGGGGGUCUUUGAGGGGAUUGACUUUGUUUGAAAAUCAGAAUUUGAACAAAAUUGAACCAUAGCUACACCCGUGAAAUGCAAUCAUGAUCGCCUUAAAGACAUCAUCAGCCACAAUUAUUUCUAAAGACGUACAAGGUCAAAACUUAUGAAGCCAAGAAAAUAAGAAACACUAACAUUGAAUGUAAGUUGGCUGUGUAAAUAUAAAAUGCAUUACGAAGAUACAUUGAUGCAACUGCGAAUCGAAGGUUGGGAAUAAAGGCACGUCCACUAAAAGAGGACAUCUAACAUAGCAUAUGCUUAGCCUGCGUGCAGACUUUUAUUUACAAAUAGAGGAUUGUAAGGUUGGCACGCAGGCUAUCUUUGUUCAGAUAAACGAAAAAGCGCGGUUGAUUUGAAUUUUUGACUCAAUAGAUGCGCCAGCUGCUAGGUAGUAGGGUCAAAUGGGUUUUGAGGCCACACUCGUUUUCGCGUAAGUCGGUAAUUUGACUUGCUCAUACCCGGUUUAUUAUUAUCAAUUUUAGAGGAAUGACCUGUAGCUGUUUCGUGGUAAAAUGUGGAUUGACAGUCAUAUCAUUGUGGCAAAAAGCUAUUCUUUAAAGUCGUUUUGUUCUAAAAAAUUGACGCUCACGCCCUUUUCAGCCCACCCUUUUUUAGAAUGGUGCGCGGUGCCUGCCUCUUGAAGUGAUGAUUAGUAUAUAGCAGCUUGAAGGAAUGACGUUAGACCCAAUGGUUUUUGUUCUUUAAAAAAUUUGUCAACCUCCCUUCGGCAAAUUUUGGAUGAAAUGUUGCUCUGGUUUGCCCCUUCUCCCCCCUUUUAGGUUCCCAUGCAGUUGACUGAUUUCAAUCACACCUUGAAUGAUGCGACACUUUUUUCAAAUGAAUGGGUGUUACGCCAAGCUGUAUCAUAGCUGGAAUGGUUUACCUUUUAAUUAUUUUCUUCGAUCAUCAUAGCCCAAAUGGUACAUCGUCAUCUUAACGGGCAAUGUAAUUAGUUUUGAAUUUAGGUUUCUUUACUUUUGGGCUGUAUUUCCCGCAGCUCAUUCUCAGCUAGUCGUGUGAAUGUAAUUGGGCAUGAGUUACAAUUUUGAAAACAAUUCAUUCCUCUCAGUUGAAGCCAAAGUACAUUGCCAGAUUUUUGCAAAUCAUGUCCACUAUUAAUUGACAUCAGAAUGCAAAAUUCCCGGCAAAAUUAUCGUAUGAAUAUGUUCAUAGGGAUGUUGCUGGUCAAGUAAGUGAAAGGAGAAUAGGGUCGGUUGGGGCUGCCUCAGUGUCUGUGGUAACCUUAAUCUUAAUUCACUGACAGGAUGUCCUUAUGUAGCAUAUAUAUUUUCGUUUUUAGUGUUUCUUUCUCAGGAGUGUGCCAAACCAAAAGCAGAUGGUAAUUUUAGAGCUGAAAAUACCUGAAUUACGACUUUGCUGUAAAAUCAAAUUCUUGAAUGGUAAAUCGUUUGUCUAAUUCUAAUAAAAUGUUGUCGUUAAAUGAUUCAUUCGUACGAAUAAAGUCUUAUUUUGUA